GCACAUUCCGAAAGAAAUGACGGUUGUGAAAAAUACGAUAAUGCAACACCGGACAUCAAAAACAACAAUGCAUUUAUGCAAGAAUGUCUAACGAAUCGUCAUCAAUGUGCUCCGUGUUUGCGGACAGAAUAUACUACUAGUGCUUUGGAUCGCAUGACAGUGACUGCCGAUAAUCCACAACCUGUGGUUUCGGGUGCAAAAGAAGCUGACGCCAUUCAUGAAAAUGCAAAAAUAUCUCGGACGAUUAUAUGCACAAGCCCACGACGUUCCGCUGCUGUUGCUGCUGCUGAAGCAUUAGGGGAACAGAUAUGUUUGUCGCCGAUUUCCGAAGAUCUCAGGCUGUCAGGUAGCAAUGGUCAGAGUGUGUCGGAGUCCAUAUCAGCAGUAACAUAUGUUGCAUCAGCAUCAAGUAAUGUGAGCGCUUCAGGUACGAUGACACGCCUGAUCGCUCCCACUGCUGCUGUCUCAUCAUCUGUUAAAGUAAGGGAUUCCAAUUCUUUUUUCGGCUCUGCACUAAUUACAAUUGCGCUACUGACUAGAUUCACAAACGAAAAGUUCGCUGAAAUGGUCAAUAAGCAUUUUUUAUGA